AUGUCUAAGGCCACCGUGAAGAAGCUGCACUGGCGUUCUAAGGUCCAGGAGAGCUUCGUGCCCCUCGGAGCCAAUGGGGAGCUCGGGCUGGCUGUGGGGGGCGGAGCUGACUACGGCGAGUUCCCCUUCGUCACGGCAGCUCCAGGAGGCGGGGCUACAGUGGGCGACAUCAUCCUUGAGAUUGGAGGCACGCCCAUUUUAGGAAUGACCCUGGGUGAUGUCAGAGGUGUACUGAACUCCUGCCCUCAGCCAAUCAGGAUCAAGACUGUGUCGCCAGGUGCGUCUCUGUGUAAAGAUUUGAGGCUGUAUCUGAGUAAGUGCUUCACUCCUGGAUCCAUGGACAGCCAGCUCCAGCAAGUCAUACGGGAAAACUUAUAUCUACGAGCCGUGCCAUGUACGACGCGACAGCCACGAGAUGGAGAGAUAUCUGGAGUGGACUAUAACUUUGUGUCCAUUGAGGAGUUUUUCUCGCUUGAAGAGUCUGGAGCUUUGCUGGAGAGCGGCAAAUUUAAAGGAAACUACUAUGGCACCCCAAGACCGGUCCAUAUCGGCCCAGAAAGUCCCCCCAUCACAUACCAGGAACACAGGAACCUUCUGCGCAACUUCAGGACGAGGAGCAAGUCCUUGUCUAACCUGGAGAAGGCCGGAGAGGAAGACAACAGUGAGGAGGACACCAACAACUCAGGUUCAGCCAUAGCCCCACCCACCACACUGCCUCUCAGCCAAUCAUGGGAGUCGGCCACAGGGAGCAGGGACAGUUCUGAGGUGGGAGGAAGGAGGAGAGGAGGAGUGCUGGCUGAAAACUGGGACGACCCCGAUCACUACUUCACAGAUCAUAAGUCAAAGAGCAGUUGGUUGGAGUCUCGGUCUCAGAAUAAAGACAAACUUCUGAGUAAUGAACUUCCAGAGUUUGUGGAUCAGCCCAGCCUUCUGAAAGGAUACUCCAUCCACACACGACUGUCCAAGGGCCCACGAGGAUUUGGUUUCAACAUUGUAGGAGGGUCCCGGCCCCGGGAGUUUCUGCAGGUCUACAGUGUGACCCCAGGAGGGCCCCCUGCUCUAAACACAGCUGAUAUCCUGGUGUACAUAAACGAGUCAUGUGUUUUGGGUCGCUCGCAUAAGGAGGUGGUGGAGCUCUUAAAAGGAGUCCCAAUGGGCCAAAGUGUUGAUGUGGUGCUGAGGAGAGGGUACCCCAUGUUGUACAACCCAGAUGGCUGCCCGAAGCAAAGUCUAACUACUCCUCUGACUCCCAGCGAUCCUUCCAGUUCAUCCAAUCCGAGACAAGGACAUAGUCACCUGACCUACAGUCGCACCUUGGCCAACGGUAGCUCUCCAGGGCAAAGUCAGGCCACACCUCCUUUUGUCUCCCAGCCAAUCACAAAUGGCCUUCCCCCCACACCCCCCUCCUCCGACCUGCCUUUAGCCCCGCCUCUUCCAGACAGAGUAGCAAAUCACAGCGAUGGUAGUGAUGGCGGUCCUUCUAAUGGCGGGACUAGACGCUCAUCUCUGAUUGGUUACGGCAGUGGAACACUACCUGCUCUAUCCUCUUUCUCGCUGCUGCAGCACCAGAGCUCGAAGUCGUCAGAGAGCGACCUUUCCACUACCACAUUACCUCUGCGGCCCUCAGGCUCGUCCCAGGCCUUGGGUCGAUCGUCCAGACCCAACUCUGGACCCCAACUCCCUCUCCAGAUGGUUCAUACUCCCCUAAACCAAACCCUGCCUACUCUUACUCCGGCUCCCUCCUGCGGCUUUAAUGGCUGCCCAGCGAACCAUCACCACCACCAGGCCGCUGCGUCCCCAGAUCCAGGUCCCGGCUCUGGUCCUGUCGCUGGGGCAGGGGGGGAGCUGGUGCCUGUGGCAGUGGGGGGCUGUGGUGGAGGCGGGCUGGGCUUCAGUGUGACUGCAGGUGGCCACAGUGGGCAGUUAGCCGUGGUCCGAAGGGUCUGGGAUAGAAGAAACUGUCCUGGUUUGCAGGCUGGAGACACCAUCGUGAAGAUCAACGGGGCAGACGUGCAGAGCCUUAACUUUGCUCAGGUACAGAGAGUUCUUCAGGACCACACUAAACAGGGGGAGGUGGUGCUGCUCAUAUACAGAGCCUCAGGCUCCACCCAUUCUGCCCCUAACGUCACCCCUAACCUGUACAAGCCCCUUCCCCACUCGGACCACAACUCCCAUGAUGCAGUGGUGCCUCCUCUGAGUCAGGCGGGUGUCGCACUGGAGUCUCCGCCUCCCACCACCAACGCCUCUGCGGCACCUCCUGCUGUUAGUCCGAAUGGCCCUUCAGUUCUGAUCCAGAGCACCAGCUUCCUCGACUCAGUGCCGGUCACUUUGACACUAGAACCUCGAGACCUGCAGGGGUUGGACGAGAGCAUGCGAGUAGGCGGGUCUAAGGAGGGAGGUGUGGCCAAUGAAACCAGAGUGGGAGGAGCCAAUACACUCGAGGUGGACCUCACGAGGCGACCGGGAGAAGGGUUCGGGUUUGUCAUUGCGUCGCAAGAAAACAAAAAUGGAGGCUCUGAGGUGGAAGAGCAGCUAUGUGGGCCGGAGCAGAACAAACGCUCCUGUGUCCCAGGCUCGUUCUGCACUCAAAUGCACCGCCCUCAGUAUAUGGAAGAAACGCUGCUGUUUCAGAAUGCACUUGAAUGCACCUCCCACCCCCUCACACAUUCCUCUGUUCUGAAGCUGGAGACCAGCACCAAUAUUGUGAGGGCAUCAUACUAUCGUCAUGUUCUGGUGGAGGCCUUCUUAAAGUUUUGA